GGAUCCUGGGAUUCUCUGGUAAGCUUAGCGAGAGCAUCACUUUUGUUGACUGGGCUGUGCAGCAUACUAAUCGUCUUCCGUCUUACAGCUCAAGGUCUGGGCUUGGUAAAAAAGCAAAACGAACAAAAACAGCAAAGAUACCCUGUCUCAGUCUUUUGCGACGUCCUCAUUCCAAGUUUCUCUUUUUUUCCUUUUUCUGCGCCACUAGGCUAAAUGUCCGCCAUUGUACGAUAAUCUUUUUUCACCGGGAGCAAAUCUUGUCGCCCUUGCUCCAUAAUGUACUAUCUCGGAGUACCGGCAAAGUUACCACGAAACGAAAAAAAUCACGGGGCAGUCAGGGUGCCUAGACAUGUCGGGGUUGGGGAUUCUGCCGCCUUUCCCAGCUGGGUGUGACGAGAAAGAAUAAGCCAAGAAAAGAGCAGAAUGCCAACAAGAACCGACAAUGCUCGACUACUGGUGCGGUGGGUUGUAAUAAUGCUAUUGAUGUUUGAGACCUCGGGAUCGUUGCACGGAUAUCAGUGCGUUGCUGGGCAAGAGGCAGCGCAUCUCACAUGUCAUCUUUUGAGCUUCGAAUAUUUGCAGGCCCCUGUUCUUAUGUAUUCGCGGGCUUGACUUUCUACUUAUGUUCUUUUCGAUCUCGCUUUACCCUUCACCCUUACUAACCCCAUCCCCCCCUCCUUCGAUGUCUUGUUCUUUUUCUUCAAUUUCUUACCUCGAUUACUACCAUGAUCGAGUAUUCUUUUGUUCACUUUUCAUUGUUUCCUUCUCUUGCCCCCUCUUUUCUUCUCUGACCUUUCUUACUCACUAUCUUCUGUACUUUUCUGCGGGUGAUGGAUGGAAAGGGAGGGAAUGUUUCCGGAUAGGCCAUGACGUUUUUCUUUUGACUCUUACUGCGAUCCCCUUCUGUUACUAAUCAUCAGCCUACGUCUUGAAAGUGUCGGUUGUGUCAUUUGAGUGUUUUCAAGCGGGCUUUUUUUUUUUUUUUUUUUUUUU